CGUCCGCGGACUGCUUCUCUGCCUCAGCUGAAGAACAAAUCGACGCAGCUGGGUUUGCAUCAAGUAUCAACCCUUGACGCCUAAAUAGAGGAAUUUACCAUCACUUCAAAUUCAACAGCAUCAUUUUUGCAGCGUUAAAUAGAAACAGUAACCAAAUGAAAUAAGUGUCAACUAGCCGUAACCACAGAAACAGGCUAGAGGCAAAGAAGCCAAAACAAAACAUCAAAACCCGGCAAACAAAGAGGUCCUUUUUUCAACGCCAACAUUUUUCCUCCAUAUUCAAUAGUUAUGAGUCAUGUGGCCGUCGAAAAUGCCCACGGUCUAGAGCAGCAGCUUGCUGUCCUAGACUUGAGUGCUCCAGAUGGACAAGUCGGAGGGCGAUACGUUCCUCCACAUUUACGGAACAAAGACGCAUCCAAGAACGUGGGAAAUGCUUUUGCUGCUGGACGACCGGGCGGGUACACCAUAGCGCCUGCAGCGAACUACGGUUGGGACGCAGGGCGCAACAACUUUGUCAACGGCUACCAUGACAACCGCAUGAGCGGCAACUCGUUCAACCGUGGCCCGCCACGCAUGGAGCGUGGGCGAGGCGGUGUUGCGGGAGGCGGUUACCGUGGCAACAGGGGUGGAGCGUUCAAUCCCAUUAACCCCGCGCAACCCAUAAGCUUCGAUGCCAGUGGCUGGAACACGGCCAAAGACGCCUAUAGCAGCUUUGGCAACAACCGAGGAAAGUCUGCGUUCUUCAACGACAGAGGCAACGCCAGCAGAGGAAGGUUCGAUCACGGUGGAUUCGGUGGUGGCGGAGGAGGAAACAGCCGCUGGGUGGAGGAGUCCAGGGACGAUGGCGACUGGUCCAAGCCGCUGCCGCGUAACGAACGGCUGGAACAUGAGCUGUUCUCCGGCAGCAACACCGGGAUCAACUUUGAGAAAUACGACGACAUUCCCGUUGAGGCUACAGGACAAAACAGCCCUCAUCACAUCGAGAGUUUCCAAGAUGUCGACAUGGGUGAGAUUAUCAUGGGCAACAUUGCUCUGAGCCGCUACACCAGACCAACUCCUGUGCAGAAAUACGCCAUUCCUAUCGUGAAAUCCAAGAGAGACCUCAUGGCCUGCGCACAGACGGGAUCUGGAAAGACGGCUGCAUUCCUGCUUCCAAUUCUCAGCCAGAUCUACACAGAUGGACCAGGAGAAGCUCUGAAUGCAGCCAAAGCCUCAGGGCAGGAAAAUGGAAAGUAUGGCCGGCGUAAGCAGUACCCCAUUGCCCUGGUACUGGCCCCAACCAGAGAACUGGCGCUGCAGAUCUAUGACGAAGCCAGGAAGUUUUCAUACCGCUCCAGAGUGCGUCCCUGUGUGGUGUACGGCGGGGCAGACAUUGGCCAGCAGAUUAGAGACCUGGAGAGAGGCUGCCACCUGCUGGUAGCAACUCCUGGUAGACUGGUGGACAUGAUGGAGAGAGGCAAGAUUGGACUGGACUACUGCAACUACUUGGUGCUAGAUGAGGCAGACCGCAUGCUGGACAUGGGCUUUGAACCACAGAUAAGACGCAUCGUGGAGCAGGACACCAUGCCGCACAAAGGCAUCAGACAAACCUUGAUGUUCAGCGCUACGUUUCCUAAAGAGAUCCAGAUCCUGGCGAGGGAUUUUCUGGAGGAUUACAUCUUCCUGGCAGUGGGCAGAGUGGGUUCCACCUCGGAGAACAUCACACAGAAGGUGGUGUGGGUUGAAGAGAGCGAUAAGAGAUCUUUCCUCUUGGAUCUUCUCAGUGCUACAGUCAUCCCCAACGAAGUACAGGACAAUACUGGAGACAACGUAGAGAAACCUGGUAAGGACUCUCUGACCCUCGUCUUUGUGGAGACCAAGAAAGGAGCCGACGCCUUGGAAGACUUCCUGUACCGGGAGGGCUACGCCUGCACCAGUAUCCAUGGCGACCGCUCCCAGAGAGACCGCGAGGAGGCACUGAACCAGUUCAGAUCGGGAAAGUGCCCCAUCCUUGUCGCCACGGCGGUUGCAGCUCGAGGUCUGGACAUCUCCAACGUGAAACAUGUUAUUAACUUCGACCUGCCAAGCGACAUAGAGGAGUACGUCCAUCGCAUCGGACGUACGGGGCGAGUCGGAAACCUGGGGCUGGCCACGUCAUUCUUCAACGACAAAAACGGGAACAUCACAAAGGACCUGCUGGAUAUCCUGGUAGAGGCUAAACAGGAGGUUCCGUCAUGGCUGGAGAGCCUGGCCUAUGAACACCAGCACAAGAGUAGCAACAGGGGGCGCUCUAAGAGGUUCUCUGGUGGUUUCGGAGCUCGGGAUUACCGCCAGACGGCUGCCGGGGGCAGCGCCGGAGGGUUCGGGGGCCGGGGAGGACGCAACCAGCAGGGACAUGGAGGAAACCGUGGCUUCGGAGGAGGUGGUUUUGGCAACUUCUACACAAGCGACGGCUACGGAGGCAAUUACUCCCACUCUCAAGUGGAUUGGUGGGGAAACUAGGUGUCUCCAUUCCAUCUCUACUCAUCUUUCUUUCCUCCUUUGACUCCUUUUCCAUCAUUUCUCCCCAACCAUGUCAUCCACAUCCCGUCCGUCUCAUCACCUCUAGUAUUCCCUGGAACCUCCAUGCAUGUUAUUAAACUAUUUAUACUCAUUUAUAUAUCCCCUCCUUCUAGUCCCAGUCAGUCAUGUCUUUUAUUAGCUUUAGAUUCUCUCGUGCUUUCCAUCUUCAUUUUGUUUCCUUUACGUUCUUGAUCUUUCCUGGUAAAGUUGGCCACUUUUAUAAAGGAUUCUUGAAUUUUAUUUUGUUACUUCCUAACAAAGUUCGAGUUGUUCUCAAAGCCCCUCAUAUAGGAUGAUUUACGGACAUCUAUAGGUAGGGCAACAUUCGUUUCUUUUUUUUUUUUGUGACCUUUUGAUUUGAGUUUUAGCUUCAUGUUUACCAGUCAGGCAGGCUCCCUGUGAAACUUUGUAUUUAAGCGCAUGGCCAUGUUGUAAAUCACCGGCCAAAGAUUUUGUAAAACGCGGAGCUGGGCGAGACGGCAAGGCAAAAUGUCCGACAUAGGAACUUUAUGUGUUCUCCUUCAUUUCUAACCUGGAGUUUUUCACUUUUUAAAGCAGCGAUAUUUGAGUUACUGAUGUCUGCCGAAGAAAACGACAAACUGAACCCACCUAUAACCCCCUAACCAGUGAAAUGUCAGUUUUGCCCACUAGAAGGCGCUUGUUAAAACUUGAUUUCUUCAACUCCAACCAACAAUGUAGAGAAUCUUUUUGUUUCUGUACUGUGCCUUUAAGAAUUUAAACUCUAUGUAUGUUGCUUUUCUCACUAUAAUACCUAACUGGCUGCAAGUAUAGUUUUUAAAGGUUACUGUAUUUAAUGUCAUGUGUGGGUUUAAACGCGCACUUCUUCAUUCCCGUUUGGACGGAGACAAACUAGGCUUGAACUAAAUCAAACCUUGGCAAAAAAACACAAAAAAAACCAACACAAAACGAAAACUAAAACGGACGUAACGAGGAAAGCCGAAACUCCUCAUGUCCUCUUAGAGGUAGAAAAAAAAAAAUCACCAAAUGAGCUGUUUUUCCCUGACGCUUAUAACCUCUGUAGAGACAUUUGAACUUUUUCUCGGCUUGGUUGUAGGUUUUGUUGUAUUUUUUUGGGGGGGAGGGAGGAUACUCGUUUUUUUUUUACUUGCGUCAAAUCCAAAGCUCAAACUCGAGCUGGCAGCUUGGUUUCCCACAGCCUUUGUCACUAAUUGUCGGCCUCCACUCCUCUGGCGUCAUUAACCGUUAGUAAAAGCUGAUCCGAGGGUUUCUUGGUUAAAACAAGAUUGUAACACCCAAAAUCGAUAGUUUUUCUUUAUCCGACUCUUGGUGCCGGCAAUGCUUUUGGGAAACCGAAUCUGCUUCCAACUCAAACCUCAGUCUUAGUUCUUCAAAUCUUCCUGAAACUCUCAAAAGUAAGUUAAAGGAAAAAUAAAAAAACAUGCUCACUCUAUCCUGGAGAGUUAAACAGAAAGCCUUCUCUUCAAUAAAUCUUUCCAGUUUUUUAUUUUAUUUUUAAAUUAUUAAUUUGUUCGGUCCUUCAAAUCUGUUGAAGUAAAGCGUUAGAAUUUCUUUUCUUUCUUUUUUUUUACUGUAGUGACAACUGGGGCUUCCAGACGAUAAAAUGCUGCAUUUCCAGAGCACAUUAUAGCCACGGAGAGAGUAGAUACCUUCUUCACUUUUUGUCCUAAGUAAGCUACUUGAUUUUUUCCCCCCACCAUCUUGCAGAGGUACCACCUGGUUAAAAACAUCCUCACCUUGUUUUUGAGGCUCUUUUUCUUUUUCAAUUUAAGUGUCCUCUAAACCUUAACCCUGCUUUAACUGGCAAAGUCAAAGCAGUCUGAACCAGAGCUGCUAAAAUGUGCUGGUGGAAAAGCGGCAUCCCCGGGGAAGUCCUGCUUGGCUCUGUCGCAGAAGGAAAUCUCAAGGAGAAAGCCGACUCUGCACCGACAUUAUCUGCACUUUGUUUACUUGAUUUAAAAAAAAAAAAACACACAUGUAAAUAGUUGCAAACUUAAAGCAAAACCAGAGGGAUUUCCACAGAAAAUGUGACGGAUUAGAGGCGUGUAAAACUCGAUCACUCAACAUGGUCCAGACUUUGACUGGAAAGCUUUGUUCAGAGCUGCGGUGGGUGGAGAUGAGUAACGUUUCCAGCAGUGUAAUUCGUUAAUUUGGGCUCCUAACUUCCUAAAUUGCCCACUGCUUCUGACAAAGCCGGACCAAGACAAUAAAACAUAUGCAAGUGUUGUUGUUUUUUUGGUCAAGGAGUUAAGAAUGCAGAGCAGACUGCUCUAAAUCUAAAGCAGGCUUUAGUGAUAAAUACCAGGCAUGUUUUAUUUUAAUUUGACUUUUCUUCAGUUUCUUUUAAACAUGUAAUUCUUUAGCUCCAGUUCCCUCACAUCUGCUCUGCCGGGAUGUAAUGGAAGCUAGUUGGCUUUAUCACAAUAAUCGAAGAGUUUUCCACUGAGAAUAGAGGACAGCCGUUACAGGAUGCAAUGUCGCACUCCACCCUGUCUUAUUAGUUGCUCUUUACAUCCACUUAUUAAAUAAAACAAAAAACAAAUUUAAGUUGCAUUCUCGGCUUCAUUUGUCCAAAAUAAAUGGACCUUAAUGAAGUCUGAUUAAAUUAAGAGCGCCAACACUUGGUAUGCUCGGAUGUUUUUAGCCUAUCAGGGUUUUGUUUUUCUUGCAGCAAUGGUUGAUAGUCUCCAUAUUAAACUUCUUCAGCAAAUAACCAGCACCGAGAUAGAAUCUGUAAAGGUACAAUAAGUUGCUAAUGACAAUCAAGUUUAAAAUUCCCGCGUGAACAGAACUCUUUUCCGUUGCAUGUUCAGUCAUUUAGCCGCCAUCUCGACAUGCAGAGGUUUUGUCAUGCAGCUGCCCGACUUCAACCCGUGUCUUCCACAAUGAUGAAAUUCCCAGAACUGAACCACUAUUGAGCUGUUGGAAAUGUCCUCCACUACCAACCUCGAACUUUGACCUUGCUGUGAGCGGUGUUACUGUUGAUAUAUUUACUGUCGGAGUAGGGAUACUGUUGGUGUUUGUUACUUGAAUCCAAAGCGGCUGCUGCAUCCAAGCAGACGUUCUUUAAAUUUCUGUGUUAUUUGUUCUACUUGGAUCACGUUCCUUGAUUGAGUACAGUGCACGGUCUAGAAGCUGCUGUGCCUUCUACUGACCACUAGGGGGCAAUGAAGGAAUAAGCACUUUGUUGGCAGCUGCAUGUUUUGAUAUACUAAUUUUAUUUUAAAUUGUAAACAGUGGAAGUUAAAUGUUUAGCGAUUUGUUUAUAGGCCACUCCUGUCCAAUAGAAGUCGGAUAUGCAAUGCAAAAUGCGUCUCAUGAGCAAAAUUCACUGUUAGUUGCAUUUGCCAAAUAAAUCAAGCUAGAGCAAUGCUUCACUACCACUGUGCCCUGAAUCUCAAACCUUAAUAUUGCUUGGCACUCAAAUUUCUACCAAAGUGAAAUAAAGUUCUGUUGCUUGCUCAGAUUAUGUACUUAGAUUCCUUGAUUUUUAGUUUCAAACUUUUUUUUUAUUAUUAUUAUUUUUGCUACGUUUAAAUAAAACUGUUGGCAUGCUGCGUGCUAACAUCCAAUUUCCAAAAUGUGCAUAGUGCCUUGUAAUGACUGAAUUACUGACUCACACAUUGGUUAGGGCUGGGUAUGUUUUCAGUUGGAUAUGAUGUCCAAACUAUUGCUCUCUCGAUAUGAAACUGUAGGUGUGUAAAUGUUAUAUCUCUCCAUGUGAAUGUCAGAUUGACUACCUCAAGGUACGAUCGCAACAACCAGAAGGGCAUUUAGAGAGCUUGCCAUCUUCAAAGCUGGUGGGCCUCAUUUAAUGCCUUUUUGUACAAAAAAAAAGAAGAAAUAAAUUAGUUUAUCCUUGUGUCGCCACUUUACAAAGUUCAACGAAUUUCAGUACUGGUAGGUUUUGCACUCGCGCUACCAUAAAGCAGCCAUUUGGCACAAGCUUUUUCAGACGCAAAUCAGGCACAAAUUAAUUCUGGUGCUGCUCAAGCGCGUGAAAUUAUUUCGUGCCAUUAAUGUUCCAUCUCGAACAGAUUCUUGGCUUUCUAGCCACAUUUCUUCAGAAACUUUGGUCAUUCUUUAUAGUCCCAAUUGGAGUCGUACAAGGCCGACUCUUAGUGGCUCGCUAACAUUUACGGCACUACUACCAACACAUCUAGCACUUUAAAAGAUUUAAACGCCUGCAAAUCCUGUGUUGUAUUGCUUGCUAAUUUGAAACUGCUAACAUGCUAACUGCAGUUAUUGCAACAUGUACAAGUAUUGUGAGUUUACACUUGAUCUGUACCUAUGCAGAAUCCAUUGUAGGCAUUUAUUCUCCCCCCCACACACACCCUGUUACUGAGUGUGCAUGUAAGAUAUGAACAUAGCUAAUUUAUCCAGAUCAUUUCAAGAACACUCUGUUCUUUUUUUUGUGUGUGUGUGUGUGUGUGACUAAAACCCUUCUCAUUUCCAAAUCCAGCACUUUAAUUUUUUUAUUGUCGUUUCUAAAACCCAUUGAUGCCUUAUAUUAGUGGUGAAUACCCAGCCCUAAAGGAGCAGAUGGCUGUUUGUUCCUGAUGCGCUCAUCAUUUACGCUGAUGACUCUGUGCUCUCUAAGUUAUUCGCAGGAGUGCUUUUUUUUUUUAAAGACAUGAAGAACAAUUAAUGGUGCUAUGCUCCCAUUGCUGCGGCCUGUAGGCCUCCCUGUUGUAAAAUGACUUUAAAUCAACAGUUUUGCAGAAAAUACUGUUUGGUUAAGGCUUGUUUGUGUUGAGUCUUAUGUAGCACACGUCCUUCACGCCUCCGAGAAGUUUUCCGACUGAAGGUAUCCGUCGUGUAGCACAGCCAGGCGAAGUUUGCCCACAGUUUAAUGUGGUUUGUGUUUGUUGUAAGGAAAGGUCCUUCCAGAUAGGAAACCGUUUUUUGCUUUUAACUUUUUAUUUUCUUUGGGGGAUUUUUUUUGUUUGUUUUUCUUGGGACCAGGUGGAGCUCUAGUCAACAGCAACUGUAGGAUUCAACUGUUUUGCCGCGUUCCUGAGUCUACUUUCGCUGCUAGUUUGUGUAAUUUAUCAAGCAUUUUUGGGGCGAUAUGUUUAUUUUUGUAAGUCUAAAUACAUAAAGCUGAUGUUUUACAAAGUGACUUGACCAAAAGACAGUAAACAAAAACACUGGCACUUGAAUGUUGAAUGUCGUUGGUAUGAGUGGAGACAAAAAAAAAAAGAAAUCUCUAUUUUUCUGGGGUAGUGUGAGCUUUUUAAUGUAAAAAAAUAAAAUAAAAAUGCAAUGAGUGGGGGUUUCACACUCAUGUCACUGUAACAGGAAGUGCUGGUUUGUGCUUUCUUUUGGAGAGUGCCAAAAUCACUCUGGUUUAUUAUUUCCAUACUUAAGACGGGAACCUGUGAGGCGUUCAGGUCCCUCCGAAGAAAUCCCUUUACUUUUUCCUUCAGGAUCGCCCUAAAACCAAAUUUAUUACCAUCACCGUCUGUUAAUAUUAAAAGUCUUGGCCAGAGCCUGUUUAUUAUAAUCACAAAAAUUCUAAACACAAAAUAUCCUCCAUUGUUAAUGAAAUAUAGUCAAAAUUGCUCCAAGAACUGCGUCUAAGUGAAGCACUGGUCGUCGUGUUGCACGUUACCGUGACAUAUGAAGUGAAACACCCCGCACAGGUUACCUUAAGUCAUAUUUAUGAUCCAUAAACCUGUUUGUGCGACAGGCUCCGUCGCUAAUAUCAGCAUAAAACGAUCUCCGAUUGGCAAACGGAUUUGAAUAAGUUCCAAAUAUGCCAAGGUUUGGAUUAAAAAAAAUAAUAAAAUGUUAUGAUUAAAGACCAUUUUGUAAAAAAAAAAGAAAAGAAAAAAGUAACAUGCAGUACAAAAAAAAAAAAAGUAUCCAGAUUCUCGUCAAGUCAGUUUUACUUUUUAGUGACUUUUUUUUAAAACUAUUAUUAUUAUUUUGGAAUCGUAACUCCCCUUCUCCCUCUUCUUGUUAACACCCUCGUUGUGAAUGUUUGGCAAGUGGCCGUCUUUAAAGUCUCCAUCACGCAGAAUUGACUGUGGUUAUAUUGCUACGUUGUUGUGAUUUGCAUAUUUUCAGGCAACAAGUGCAUUGAUGCUGUCACAGGAGAGUUUCUGGCCAGUCAGGAAAAAAAUUUUUACUUUUUUUUUUUUUUUAAAAAACAACCUUUUUUUGGUUCUGGUUUGUUUUUUUUUUUUGAGCAAACUAAUUGCACAAAAACAACUUUGUGACUUUCUCUGUUAAAAAAAAAAAUAAAAAAAAAAUACACAAACAAAAAACUGCAAUCUAAAUAAUAAUAAUAAAAAAGUGGAGGUAUGUUUCUGAAUGACUGUUGUUUUAGCGGGUGUAUUUAAAAGACUUUGGGAGUCCAGUGCCGUCUUCAUCACUGAUUGGCCAGACCGCUCGACGUGAUGUAGCAGAAGCACCAGCCUGGUAGUUAGUAUUUGCUUUAUGUAUUAGUUUAGCAAGUGUGCACGAAGAGCACUGCACGAAAAAAAAAAAAAAACAAACAAAAAAAAAUCUGUGCAACUAUUCCGAUUUUACCACAAUUAAAGGUUUGGAUUUGCA